UAAUUAUAGCAUUCGACAAAAUAAGAUUUUGUCACAUUGUUUUAUUGAAAUCGUGUUAUGGCAAUAACAUUUGACAAUAAACCUCGUACUAGUAACAUGACAGAAACCGAUAACAUUCAAUUACCGAUAGAUAAAUAUUUUAAGAAAGAAAAGUUUAUUGACAAAAGUAUAUUUUAUAUGUAGGUAAUUAUACACAUACUGUCAUACCUGUCUACAUCAGAUAGGAUGUCAGCAGGACUAGUCAACCAUACAUGGCAUGAAGCAUCUCUUGCAAUGAAAUUUGUGGAUCAAGAAGUAUUGGUUUUGGGUCGACCAUGUACAGAUAAUUUGAACCAAAUAAUGGAAGUAUUGCAGUGUUCCAUGCGACCAUUUUACCACUUUGUUUUUAGAGAAGUAGAACUGAAAAGAAACAUGCCAAUCUGGGAUCAGUAUGGACCUCGUAUGAAAAGUCUUGUAUUGUUGUGUUGUGACUUAAGUGAAAAGGCACUUAUAGAAAUUUUUAAAUGUUGCACAUCUCUAAAAGUAUUACAUAUAAAUGAUUGUCGGGAAUGUCUGAUGUCUGGAAGACUCUUAGAGGAUGAGAGUGACAUAAAAGAACUUUCAGAAACAUUUAAAAAUCUUCAAGAGCUUAGCCUUGGAUAUAAUCGCUUUUUGAGUGAUGCUCUUUUUAACAGACUUGUUGCCAUCUGUCCAAAUGUAGAAUCCUUAAGUCUUAUGGGGUGUCAAAUAUCUUUCCAUUGUGGAUUGUAUAAAAAAUUUUAUCCUCAAAAUAUAACAUUGCCUGAUGCGUCGCAAUCAGUUUUAACGUUUUUAAAUGCAUUACAUUACCUCAGGCAACAAGCAUACAAGUUAAAACGAUUGAAUUUCGGGUAUACUUUAAUCGAUGGAACGGCUUUGACUACUUUAGCUGCUUUAGAAGAUUUAAAACUUGAAUCCUUAAUGCUUCAAGGUUGUUAUCAAUUAACUGUCCAAGGAAUUAAGGGAUUAACACAGCAUCAAACUUGUUUAAAAAUUCUUGACCUCAGUUAUUGCGUGCGUAUUACGGACGCUAGUUUACUCCAUAUCUGUAAAAAUUUGACAAAGUUAGAGACGCUUCGGAUAAAAAGAUGCCGUGCAGUAACUGACUGUGGUGUAAAGUACAUUCGGUUACUCAAAAAUUUAAAAGAACUUGAUAUUUCUGAAAAUGAACUACUUACUGGAGACUGUAUUACUCUUGGAAUUUGUUCUGAUCCUAAUAUAAACGAUAGUAAUAUGGAGCAAGAUAUCGACUCUGAAAAUUUCAAUUUUGGUCCUACAGAUCAACAUUCUGUUAUGAAAAAGACCAUACAAAAAAAGACAGUACAAAUGCUCUCAGCAAAUGCAUUAAAUCUUCAUGAAGAAUCUAUUGAAUGUAUAUCUAAAUGUUUUCCAAACUUAAGACUACUUGAACUUAAUUAUUGCUUUAGUGGUGUCACCAAUAAAACAAUACAGAUGAUAUUCAAGGAGCUUGUACAUUUGCAAACAUUAAAAAUAAGCCAUUGUGAUAAGGUCAGUGAUGCUGGCUUGAUUGGUAUGGAUGCUGGUAACCAUGAGCAUUUUGAACCAAUUCAAGUUGUACAUGAACCAGAAUUUACAGAAUCCAACAGAUUAAGAAUUAGCUUACGGUCAAGGGCCGAAGAAGAAAUUGUACGCGAUGCUAAUCGCAAACGAGAAGUAAUGAAAAUCUGUGAAAACGUUGUUAAGCCGGUAGAUUUUAAUACAUUUUCCGGAUUUUCUUUGAUUCGACUUAAAUGUCUUCGAGAACUCGAUCUUUCUGGAUGCAAUAGAAUUACAGAUCUCAGUUUAAAACAUGCAUUUGCAUUUUUGGAAUUAAAAAUUUUAAAUUUAAGCCAGUGUCAGCAAAUAACAGAUGUGGGAUUAGAUUAUUUAUCUAAAAAUAACCCAGCAAUUGAAGAUUUAAAUUUAAAUCAGUGUCACAACAUAUCAGAUAUUGGAAUAUCUUAUCUCGCACAAAGAUUGCACAGAUUAAAACGGCUUAUUAUACAGGGAUGUUCACAAUUGACAGAUCAUACUCUUGACGCUAUUAAGUUGUAUUGCAAAAGUCUUCAUUAUCUUGAUACACGUUACUGUCGAGGAAUGUCAGUAGCAGGACUUGAAAGUUUAACACAUUUGUAUGUUGAUUGGAUCAAACAUAUAGAUGACAUCGUUUCUUCAGAGCAUGGGGUACCUCCACCACCUGCACCACCUUUACCGUCAUUAUCGUCCUUGCCAUAGAGGCGGCUUCAAUAUUUCCUUUCGCAUUUUAAAGACAGGGUAAGGGAAAAUUGAAGUAUUAUUUUACGUAAUUUGUACAUAUAAUGUGUUUAUAAGAUUUAAUUUAAUAGGAGACAAGACACGAUAGUGAUUUCUAUAUCUCCUUUCACAGAAUAUGGUUGUAGGAUUUUCGUAAACGUUCGUCUAUUAGAUAAAUGAAUUUGUAUAAAAUAAUUUAAAAAGAGCACGAAGCAAAGUUUUAAUAUAAUGUUGUUAUUUGAUAUCAUACACAUAGAAAUUUUAAAAUAUUUUAAAAUAACUAUGUAGAAAUGUUUAUAAUUAUGUACAUAGAAAGAGGUAUAAGGAAAUUUCAAUUUGUAUUAUAUCAAAUAUCUGGCAAAAAUUGUGAUCCUUUGCUAGAGAAGAUCAAAUAGUUUAAAUAGAUGGAAAUAAAAUAUUUAUUGAAUUCUGUUCAACAUAAAAAGUCAAAGGUAAUUAAACAAAUAUGUUUGUAAAAUAUAGAGCGAUAAUGUGAUUUACAGUAAGUGCAAUAAAGUGAGCCAAACUGUUAUUUAAAAAAUAAGCAAUUUGUAGUCACAUAAACUAUUAUUAAAUAUCUUACAAAUUUUAUUCUUUUCCAUGUUGCAAUAUAAUGAACAUAUAAUGAUUAUUACUGAAUUAAUAAAAAACUAGUAGUUAUAUAUAAAAUUCUAUAUGUAUUUAAAAAGAUUCAUCUCUAUAUUUUGACAUGUACAAUACAAAUUACAAUUUAAAAAUGGAAAUUUAAGAAUUUUGUGAAUUAAGUUGGAAAUUUUUGUACAUAGAUUUAUUCCAUGCAUAGAGUACAAAAUCAUCCUAACAUUCAUAGCACUGAAAUUUAUAUCAGAGUAUUUUCUAUCAAUAUGCUGCCAUUGUUAGAGAAAAAUCAUAAAAUAAAAUAAAUACAACUUAAUGAUCUAUUAACUGAUAAUGUAAGAUGUAUUUUUUGAGAACACAUUUAGUAAUGUCAUUCAAAAAUAAAUAUGUUUUUUCAUACAUUAUUAAUUUAUUUGUGAAAGUUUUACGUUCUUAAAUUAUUUAUUGUAAUUAUAUAUACAUAUAUAUAUAUUUGUGAUAUACAUUUUGUGUAAGGAUAGACCGUUUAAAUUAGGAUAUGUAAUAAGAUUAUAUAAACAGUGAUCUAAAUUUUAUUCAAAAACAAACAAAUUUAACAGUAUUUUUAAUGAUAGUCAAAAAUUCUAUUUUUAUCGAAUGAAGUAGUUUCCAUGAAGUCUGUACUUUUAAUGAUCUUUUAUCUUGCAUUUCAAUUGCUUUUUCAAUAUAUGUAUUUAUCGUGACACUUAUUAUAGACGGCGGAAUCAAGUCAAUUUCUAUUUGUUAUACGAUAAAAGAAGGAUAUGAGUGUCAGGUUUACAAGACAAAUGUAAACGAAUAAAGUAGUGAACCGCUUUUUUCAGUAUUUGUCUUUAGAGAUACUAACGUUUUAAUUUAUCAUCAGUGCUAUUUUAUAAUUAGUAGCAAAACACGCAAUUUACAAUCAGUAUUCGAGGAAUUAUUGUUCACUCGUAGUUCGUUCGAACCCAACUUGAAUUCUUUUUGUACAAAAUUCUUAAUGUAUCACAAAAUUUGAUACCUACAAGCAGUGUAGUAUCAACUAUACUUUUUUUUUUGUACAGGAUACAUCAUUUUGAUUCUGUUGCAAUUUGACCUCUGAUUUGGUCUUCUAUGGGUAAAAAAAACAUGAAGCGAACAAUUCAUUAACUUAAAAUUCUGCGCAUUUCUAAAAAUGGUUAAUUAUGCUCAAUUGUUUUGAACUAUUCUUCAAUAUUUUUAGAAACGGUAACCCAUAGAAGUUCAAUAACAAUUUAAUAAAUGUUUAGAACAAGAAUGUUUUAUACAAUUUUUACAUUUUAUGCUGUAAAUUAAUGAUCGACACUUAGUAGUUAGGCAAUAAAAUUAAUGUUAACACAUAGAUAAGUGAUAUAAAUAUACUAUGUAAGUUAAAUCUACGAAACUAUUAAGUGUGCUGAAAUUAAUUUCGAGACGAAAAAAGAAAGUAAAAUAAGUAUGUGAGAAAUGUAUGGUUGACACUUCACUGUAUAUGGAAUUACAUAACGUAUACUAAGUUUUCUAUAAAUGUAAUACAUUUUCUUGGCAAAUGAAUAUAAAAAACCUACUUAUUACUAAAUUAAAAUAACGGUUUAAUGUGACAAAGAUACAACAUACUAUUCUGAUUAUAUUAGUUUCUGAUAUACACAAAUUCAAAUUGUCAAUUUAUUUGUUAAGGAUCCAAGACUAAGAUUCCAGUGUUUAAUGUGUGAUCACAAAUCAUAUCAUUAUUUCUUAAACUAUCUACUGCAAAAGAAUAAUUACUUGAAAAGAAGGAACAAUUGUUAUUUUUACAUAAAAAUAAAUAGACGUUAAUCCAUUUUUCUUUUUGCAAAAGCAUCCGUAUACUUAAAUUUAAAGAUAAAUAAUUUAAAUACCCUCUACUACUAAUAAUAGAAUAAUUCAUCAUAAGAACUAGAAUUGUGCAACUUUUUUCCUAUUCAUGUAAUUCUUUUAUUCUAAUUCAGAUAACUUUUUGUUUCAUUUGUAAAAGUCAUUAAAAGAAUUCAAUUUCCAAUUAUAUUAAAUUAUCAAGAAACAACUAUACACAAGAUAAAAUACGAAAUUAUCCAUUAUAGGAAAAAAUGUUUUACACAACUUAAAGGCAGUGAUAGUCCUUGAACAAGGACACUGAAAUCUUAGUUUGUACUAUCAUUUUUAAUCCCAAUUUAACCAUGUACCACAGCGAAAAAAGUAGUUAUGAAAAAUAUAAUGAAACAUUAAACAAAUCUUUUUUACUCUCUUAACACACUGUUCUGUAUGUAUAGAUUUAUAUAUACAUAUAUACUUAUGUAUUUUCUUGUACGCGUCGCAUCAUUGUAAUUGAUUCGUACUUUAAUAAAUACUGUGCUUUACACACAUCA